AUGUAAAAAAAAAAAAAAAAAAGACUAGAUAUUACAUUUCUGUGUCAAGUUUGUCUUGACAGACACAUACACCGCAGCCCUUCUGAAAGUAAAGCAUGUGCAUGUUGCUUCUGCACAUGUCUGCAGUGGUAUGCACUUGCCACUCCAACACGUAGUUGCAACCACUUACUUGUGGUUCUAUAUGUUUGAAGCAUCCUCAGGAAGGAUAUUGUUGCUCUUAUGUUUUCAGCUGCCAAGAACAGGUAACAUCUGUUUGAGGUGAUAGUUUAUUUACAGAUGUGAUCAAUCAUCAGCGGGAAGGUUGUGCUCAAGUUUUUACUGUACACGUGGCCAAUGAUGGCAACAACAAGUCCUGCUGUGAGAGAGUACGUAUUCACAAGGCCAACUUCCACAGCUGCUGCAGACAACAUGACUUUAACACCAUCUGAUUACAAUUACGACUACACCUUGCUUCCUGAUUGGGACUACCGGAAGUGCGAUUACGAGCGCCACAUUGCGUAUUUUCUUCCUGUCAUCUACUCCACGUUCUUCCUCCUCGGCCUUCUGGGGAACUUCCUCGUCAUCUGGGUCACCGUUUGUGGAUUGCGACUUCGCAACAUGACAGACGUGUGCCUUGUAAACCUGGCCAUGGCUGACCUCCUGUUGGUCAGCUCCCUGCCCUUUUUGGCCCACCAAGCCCGGGACCACUGGAUAUUUGGGGACGCUAUGUGCAAAAUAGUCCUUGGUAUUUACCAGAUUGUUUUUUACGCCGGUAUUUUUUUCAUCACGCUAAUGAGCAUCGACAGGUAUUUGGCCAUAGUACACGCUGUUUACGCCAUGAGGACACGUACACGCUCUUUUGGCGUUAUAGCAGCAGGUGUCACAUGGCUAGCUGGGUUUUUGUCAUCGUUUCCUGAGGUCCUCUACAUAAAAAACCACAACCAGACCCUACAGCGGUCUGUCCUCUCGAAAAACUCUUUCUGCUUCCCUGUGUAUCCAACCUUGGAUGGCACUAAAACUCACUUCUGGAGUGUUUUUGGUCUUUUUAAAAUGAAUAUUUUGGGUGUAUUCGUCCCCAUGGUCAUCAUGGCUUUCUGCUACACACAAAUCAUCAGGCGGCUGCUUUCCACUCAGUCCUCCAAGAGACAGGCCAUUCAUUUAAUCCUUGUGGUUGUGGCUGUCUUCGUCUUCUGCUGGGUGCCUUACAACGUGGCAUCCUUCUUCAAAGCACUGGAGCUACUGAAAGUUUACUCUGAGUGCGAAAGCAGCAAAGUCAUUCGACGGGCUUUGGAAAUCACAGAAGUGAUGGCUUACUUUCACAGCUGCCUCAACCCUGUGCUCUAUGUGUUUGUGGGGGAGAAGUUCAGGAAGACCUUGGUCAGGUUGAUCCACAGAGCUCCAUGCGCUCUGUGCAAACUGGUCAAGAUUGUCAUACCUCAGGAACACAUCAGCAGGUCCAUCAUCUCCCAGACCACAAGCCUGGAUGAGAGGAGCACUGCUGUGUAAAAUAGGAAACAGUCACACGUGUCUUACUAGUUACCCAGCAGGCACAAGACAUUGAUACAACGUUGGUUAUACAUACAUGUCCUUUAAAACUGACUUUGAAACAACGUUGCAAAAUAGUUGGAUUUGUAAACUGAGACAAUGUUGGUGUCUAACAUUGGAUCCACGUUGUUGGUGGGGUAAAUUACUACAUUUCAACGGUCAAAUCAACGUCACAACCUGACAUUGAAUAAGCGUUGUCAUAAAGCAUGCUGUUUCAGUGUUGUAUUUGUGUUGUAAAAUGUUGGUAGGAAAAUGACCAAAAAGCAAUGGUCAAAUGAACAGUAGAACCCAACAUUAAUUAAACAUAGUCAAAAAGCGUGUUGUUCCAACGUUAGGUUUGAAUUGCUCAACGUGUAAUUCAACUAGUUCUCAACAUUGUUUUAAUGCAUUGUGCCUGCUGGGUAGGUGUAAGCACCAUCAUCCUAAUGACAGGUGGUGACCAAAUUGGUGAACUUUUUCAACUUAAACGGUUAAUGUCGGAUUUUUUUUCUACUUGUGGUCUACAUAACAUGUAAUGGUGCAUAGAUUUUGUUUUACAGACCUUUUUUCAUGUCACUUUGUAGCUCCCUUUCCAAACAGUUUGCUUUGAGAGACAUACGGUAGUUAUUAGAUGCAAGAGAACCUCUCUUUACCGAGACUCCUCAUGUUUAGUGAGCCUUCGCCCCCUUGUGUUGUAGGUUUUUUUGCUCUUGUUUUUAUUGUGCACUAUGGACAGUAGCUACAGUAUCUGAGUGACCUUCACCAGAACACAACAUUCCAGAUGACACAGCGAGAUCAGCGUCUCAACAUGGUUUGUUGACAGCACAAAGGAAGGAGGCGAACAAAAGUGAGGAAGGAUGUGCAGGUCUGAAGCUGUACACGAUGGCUAAGGUUAAACUUCUACUGGCUCUAACUUUCUAUUGCUAGAUCCUGCAUGUGUAUAUUGACAAUAAAAUGCUUUUUUAUUCUAUUUCAUGUAAAAAACUCCAAUGCACGGCUGCUUUGAAUUGUAAACAAUUAAAGGCUCAAGGCUAUAAGGUAGGGGUAUGGGAAAAAAUCGAUUUGAAUACGUUGUGCGAUUCAGAAUCAAUUCUCAUUUAAAAAAAAAUAACCAAUUUUUUUUUUUCUUUUAUCAAUCCAACAAACCACUACACAGCAAUACAAUAACAAUGCAAUCCAAUUCCAAAACCAAACCUGACCCAGCAACACUCAGAACUGCAAUAAACAGAGCAAUUGAGAGGAGACACAAACACGACACAGAACAAACCAAAAGUAGUGAAACAAAAAUGAAUAUUAUCAACAACAGUAUCAAUAUUAUUUAUAAUUUCAGCAUAGCAGUGAUUAAAAAUCCCUCAUUUACAUUAU